UAGCGUCUCCACCCCUGUGUGCGUCCAGACCAUCCUCCCCAGCAUGUUUGGCGCGGGGGUGGGGAUCAUGCAGAGCUGGUUCUGUGCCUGCUGGGACAGCUCCUGGGUGUUGUACACCUGUGUUCUUCUGGUCCUGGUCAUCUGGGUGGCCUUGAUGACUCAGCACAGCUUCUCCUGGAGAAGCAGGAUGGCUCUUCUGGUCAGCAGGCUCCAACGGAGAGGGACAGUGGACAAGGGAGAAGGUGCAAAGAAGCAGCGGGUGAAGCAGCCACGUGACCAGCUGUGUUGGGACCCCUCACGCCGCACUCGCCGAGCUUCCAGGCGCCGCUCCAUCCACCAGCUGCUGUGUGACAACUCAGACUGUGUCCUGUGCAACGAGGUGGCCCAGCAAGCCGAGCGGCUGGUGAACACCGACAGGGCCAGUGUGUGGGUCCCUGCUGGGCCAGGGUCACCUCCCCCUCCUGCCUCCCACUCCAAAGGGAGGAACCUGCUGGGUAGAUCCAUGUGGAGAGGCCUGGAUGUGCUGCAGUGGUGCCGCUCUAGGACAUGUAUAGGCAACCGGGUCCUCCCACCUGCGCAGAGCCCCUUCCCGCCCAGUAAGUCCCGCUCCCCUCCCGAGCGCCAGGCAGGCAGCUGGAAAACAGAGCGCCACCCGCCGAGAGAGGAUGAGGAGGGGCUGCCCCGCCCACAGCAGGCCAAAGGCUCCUCCAUGGAGCAGGAGGAAUGUUUCUGCUGCUCCUGUCUCUGGGAUGAGACUCUCCUUCGCGGGCAAGAGCAGGCCCAGAGUUCCUCUUCUUUCCAGCAUGAGCAGCCCCUACUCACAUGGGAGCUGAGAACGGGAUCGAGCCAGCACGAGCCAUUUCUUCCCAGUCAUGAGGAGUACCCCAGCCCCUCUCCUGCUCAGCAUGAGCCCUUCUCACCAAGCCAAGGGGAACAUGGCUGGGUCAGGAGUUUCCUGCACAGAGGCAGAGCAAGGAGCCCCCAGGCCGCUCCCCAGAGGCAGGCGCAUCGCCCCAAUUGGGUGCCGUUUCUGGUCAAGUCCCCAGGUGGGACCAGGAUGUCAGGGCGGGAGGCCAAAUGGCAGCGAGACCAAGAAAACACGGCACCCAGGGCCGCAGGGGAAGCUCCGAUGUCUCUGGCUGGGAGACCCCCAGCGCGGGUCAGCCCUGGAGCCCUGCGUGUGCCCGGCAGGCUCGAAUUGGCCGAAGCGGAGACCCCCUUCCUCCAGAGCGACGUCAGGGCGAGUCUCGAGCUCCUUGGGCCAGAGACUGAUCAGAGAGUCUCAGAGCCAGGCAAACCAGUACCUGUGUGAGACGUGCCAUGGCCUCUUCACCACCGGUGAGGAGAGACUCAGUCUCCCGCCCUGUCCUGCCAAGGGGGCUGAGAAGUCAGAUGUGGCGAGGGCUCAGCUAGAGACUCACGUGCGCCAGAGGGACAGGGAGACAUCAGGUGAUGUCUGCAGAGGGGAGCAAGGUGCAUCCUACCAGCAGUCUCGGGAUCUGGGCCGUGCAGCUGGCGCCCGCCUGUACGAAGGUCCCGCUGGCGCUGAGGAUGGAGAGGAAGCAGGGGGCCAGAUGUGGGCCCCACCAGCACAUCAUCCCCAGCCAGUAACCAGAGACAAUGCGGGAGACAAAGGCUCGUCCGCAACCUCCAAUGAGCUUGUGUGCCCCCUGUCCAGUAGCCGGUGGCCAGCCAGCCCCUCGGAGCAGCGCCCGCAGUCUGCAGAAGGGCUGUCCCAGUUCAGCACUGAAGGCAAGUGGGAGAUGGUCGGGGACUGGGACAGUGAGGCCAUGGCAGCCUGGGACGCGGAGGGGGAAGGCAGCCUGGGGUGGAAGGAGAGGAGGGACACCAAGGUGCGACGCAGCAUGAGAGAGAUGCCGGCGGAGGGGACAAGCCCAAGGGCUGGAACCAACAUGAGGCAGACAGAGGCCAUGGUGCUGACUGAGGCACCACCCAGGGCUGAACAGCUGCCUCAUGCACCUCCAGGGAGAGGGGCCGAGUCACCGUCCAUCCCCUGCAAGGGGAAGGGCUCCACCUUCAGGGGAAUCAUGCUGGGCUUCCUCAAACGCGUCACCUCCAGGGCAUCGGUGGAGAAGAGAGGACAGGUUGACAGGUCGGUGGCUGCACCACGCGGAGCCCCGCCACCCCCUUAGAAACUCGCCCCAUCCCCCAAGAGCGUGACCUUCAAUGCCAAUGUCCACAUGUGGGCAGAGGUCAGGAGAUGCCAGCUGUGUUCCAGCGCGGAGGAGAUGGAUGGUGCUGGGAGAAAGGAGCCAGCCACAGCUGUUUGGACCAGGCCAGGGGCUUCCAGGGAAUGGGGCUCCCCAGGGAUCUGGGGUGGCCUCCCCCAAUGCCAGGUGAGGGGACAGCAUGACCAGGAGAGAAGAACCUUCUCCACAGGAAACAGGGCCGUCAGCAGCGUGUGGUGGAUACCAAGAGCGGGUGACCCUGAGAGUGACCGAAUGCAGGGAGGGGAAUGUGCAUGAUCCCAGUGGGACGCCAGCUGUGCCAGCGGCACCUUCCGCCUCAUGGCCACCACCCCCAGCCUGCCCCACCACCAGGGACACCAGAACAACUGGCAGUCACAAGGGAGAAGAAGGCGAAGGAGUCUCACAGUCUGGCUCAGCAGCCCUGGGCUCCAACCAGCCAUCUCCCAGGGAGUCCUCCAGAACAAAGCCCAGAGAGCAGAGGGGUCGGGGACUCAGCCCUUCUCGUCCACAGGGCCAAGGUGGAAGGCCCGCGGUGCAGCAGAGGGGUUGGGGACUCAGUCCUUCUCGCCCACGGAGCCAGGUGGAAGGCCCAUGGUGCAGCAGCAGGGCCAGGGGAGUGGACAGCAUGGGGAUCCAGGCCCAAAGCAGAGAGUGGAGAUCCAGCAGCAGAGGGAGGCCCACUGGCAGAAGAACAAGGUCCAGAAGCAGAGAAGGGGAAUCCCUGGUGGGAGAGGGAGUCCAGGAUCGGCAGGGCGCACGCAGGAGGUCAGGCAAGGCCAGGUCACACGGGGUGGCCAUGCCAGCCAAUGGCGUGGGAGGAAAUGCCACCAAGGACACAUCCGGGACAGUCGGCGUGUCUAAUCUGGAGCGCCGUGGGCACCGGGCCAGGCUGGAAAUUGAGCUUCUGCAGCCAGGGUCAUGUCCUGCCAAGAGCACAGGCCACGUGUGCUGGUUCCACCAGCAUCAUGCUCAUGCCCACCUUCACCAUGUCAUGACAAAACGCCAGCGCUGCACGGAGAGAACCUGUGUGCCUUGCGGGAGAGGAUGCAGGCCUGGAGGAGGAAGUUGUCCCCGUCACUCAACA